CUUUCUUCGACAUUAUAUCGAAUAGAGGAACGGCGGUGCCAACGACAAGCCCGUCUGAUUUGCGAUAACCCAAGUGCGGAUGUGACACUAUUUUUUAGGAUUGAUCGAUCCGUUGGGAAAGCUUUAGCAGUUGAGAAGCUUUUACAGGACAGUUAUAUAUUCGACACACAUGUUAUGGGUCGUCCAAAUGGCAACAUCCAUAUUGUUGCCGCUAAACGGGACUAUAUCUAG